UAAUUCAACAUUUUUUAGUUAGUAUAUAGUUUAUUUCAAAACUGUUUAAUUUUAAUUGAUAAAAUAUUGUGAAUUUUAAAAAUUGUUAAAUAUUCUCUUAAAAUAAUAAUAUGUUACUCAAUAAAUGGAAAUUAAUAAUUUGUUUUAUUCAAGCAAUCAACCAAUCAAUAUGUGUUGAUCUAAAUAACAUUACAGCUGAGGACAUAGACACUCUUGUAAAGGAAUACAAAGAUAUGAAAAGUGUCAAGCUUUUAAAACAUCCUUAUUAUAUAAAAUCACGCAAUGAGGAUAACUUUUGUCCUGUACCUUGGAGUCAUGCAGUACAUUGUGAAGAAGUUCCUUAUGAAGGCAUAGAAAUAGUAAACAAAAAAUUGACAGAUGUGGUUCAAAGAUGUAGGCGCAAAAGAAAAUUUAAAUUGGGGUAUACGAUUUAUUUGAACGCUAUUGAAAGUAUAGCCUUUACAUAUAUGUAUCGGUUCUGCGAGUUUGCUAUAGAAAUGAAUCAAAGAUGUGUUGAAAUAUCAUUUUACUUAAAAGUAUUUAGUGAUACACUUCAUAAAAUUAUAUCGAUAAUUAAUAGAGAAUGGAUUUCUCCUAAACCUCAUGAAUGUAUUUUAGAUGUUUACGAAAAUCACAAAUCUGAGGAAAACAAAUUUAACGAAGAAAACGAAAAUUACAGAAAUGAUUUAUUACGCUGUAUGAAUUUAAUGAAAGAUAAAGUGCACUUUUUAAGAGAACCUAAAGAUGAAACAAUAAAUACAAUGACCAUAAGCCAAUUAGAACACUACAAUAAUAUGAGUUAUAACUAUAUAACUUAUCACUUGACUUUAGAUAAAUAUUCUUCUCCUUUGAAACAUAUAACUGGAGACAAAAAUCAAACCUCAUGUAUUAUAUGUGAGACAGAACACAGUGGUACGAUUUGGCAUAUUUACUUUUUUUCACCGUGUGGACAUGGCUGGUGCUGUGACGAGUGUUUUGGCGAUAUUGAAGCUUGUCCUAUAUGUAAUGAAUUGAUUACAAGUACUCCAAAACUAGAUAUACGAACAUCUGUGUCAAUAGUUACUGAAAAAUAUAAGUGGUUACCGCCAAGAUGUAUCCUAGAUGGACGAGAAGCGCGUUGUGUAAAGUGUCGCAGUCAAAUAAAUCAUUCAAACAGACACAUAAUGAUACCAUGUAGUCAUGGUUGGUAUUGUGAAAAUUGCAUUGAGGACGAAAAGUGUUCAAUAUGUUCCAAGAAAAAAACAGAUAAAUUGCGUAUAAUAUUAAAAAACAAUGAAUUGCAUUCAAAUUAAUCCGUGUUCAUUAUGGCGCAUUGGUACUACAGAUACAUUGUGUGUAAAUUUGUAAAACAAUGAAUAAAUCUAUUAAUGUUAUAUCUUUAA